CCCCGGGUAAACAGAGGACAGGAGCAGACAGGAGGAGGAGGAGGAGGAGAAGAGACGUGGCGGAAGAGGAUGGUGGGGUAAAGAACAACACUGUGUGUACGAAAUUAAUAUGCAGUCGUUCGUUUUUAAAUCGUCGCCGGUGCGAAGGGAAAUAACUCGCGACGCGACGCGUCAAAAACGUAUCGUUCACGUCUCACCACUGCGAUUUACUCUUUCGCGUGUGAUCUGAGUCGCGAGACUCACCGACGACACAGUAGCAGCUUCCCGACGCAACGCAGCUACUCGCGACGGGCACCCGCACACUCACUGACAACGCCAGCAGACGGCGGCCAUUACGGGAAUGAGUCGUCGCGGCGGAUGCGCCAACGCCACCGCACGGCGAGAGCCCGAAACGGAGCUGUACCCCUUUCUACUCCGCAUACUACACCAUAAGCAAAGUAAGCGCAUGCCGGCACGGAAGAGGUAUAAGAUCGAGAAAAAGGUUCGUAAACACAAUCGAAAAAUGAGGAAAGAGGCUAAGAAGGAUUCUAAAAGAAAAUCCAAGGUAGUGGAAAUAUCGAAUCCAGUGUUCAUUCAAAGAGGAUAUAUUAAAAGAAGUAGAGGCAAUAAAGAAGUAACGUGAAGAGGAAAAAUAGAAGCAGAAGGAAGCAGCGCAUGGGAGAAAACGCGAGCCAAAGAUGAUCUAACUUACCAAGGAUGGUCUCCAGGGAUUAGUUAAACAGGCUGAG